AUGACAGCUCAAUAUCCAUUAUAUGAUCAGCGUCAUCCGUCCCACGAAGAAUAUCGCAAGAAAGUCGUCAGAAAGAUUGAUCUGAACACUCUUCCUGGUGUCACUUUACUCUAUUUAGCCUGUUACAUUGAUCGAUCCAACAUCGGGAAUGCUAAAGUUGCUGGUUUAGUCAAGGACCUCGGUCUCACAGGUUCACAAUUCAGCAUUGCUUUGAGCGUUUUAUUGGUCGGAGCAAAGAUCUGGCUACCCUUAUUGGUGUUCUGUUGGGGCGCUUUAACCGUUUUGGCGGCGUUUAUGACCAAUUUUGCAACGUUGAUUGUCGUGCGUUUGUUUUUGGGGCUCUUUGAGGGUGGUUUACUGCCUGGUAUAGUUUUGCUUCUCUCAACACUCUACAAGCCAGAAGAGUUACAGUUGAGAGUCGGGAUCGCUUUUGCCGGAGCAUCUGCAAGUGGUGCUUUAGGUGGGUUGAUAGCGUAUGGGAUCCAGAAAAACAUGGAAGGGGUGGGAGGUAAACCAGCUUGGGCAUGGAUAUUCAUUCUUGAGGGUUCUGCAACAAUCUUGAUCGCGUUCUUUGGCUGGUGGUACAUCUGUUCGAGUGUUCAGUCGGCUAGCUAUCUAAAUGAUGAAGAGAAGGAUUUUGCAGUCAAUCGUCUCAGAGUCCCAAGAUAUACAGGUGUCAUAAGCCCUUCUGAAGGAGUCAAGGGAAAGGAAAAAGAAGUUUUCGAGGAUAUUCCCUCUCAAGAGGCUACCCACGCUUCUUCAGAUCUAGAGCAUGACUCUCAACUUGAAAAGUUUGAAUGGCCGGAAGUCUUUCGUGCAGUUCUAGAUCCACAAGUUUGGUUGAUGGGACUGGCUGGAGCUGCAGUCGCACUUCCCUUGACGUCAUUGGGCUUUUAUCUACCGUCCUUGAUCGCUACACUGGGGCAUACCGGCGCUCACGCGCAACUCUAUUCCGCAUAUCCAUACAUGUCUGGCUGUAUAUUGGUCAUAGUAUCUGCCUUUCUCGCAGAUAAGUGGCAUUUACGAGGACCAAUUGUGCUUGCCGUUACACCUCUAUCGAUUGCAGGAUUCUAUGUUCCAGAUGUGAUGUUGAUUUUGGCCAAAAAUCCGCAUACACUUUAUGCAGCGUUUUUUCUCGUCUUGGCCGGAGCCUUUCCCGCUGUACCUUGUCUUCUAUCUAUCGUCCCAAACAAUACAUCAGGUAUUACUAAGCGAGCAACAUCAGUUGCAAUGCAGGUGAUGCUAGCAGCUGUGGCUGGAUUAAUCUCACCAUUCAUAUAUCCUGAAGGUACCCCUAUCGUGAGAGGCCAUAAGAUAGCGUUGGCUUUGCUUUGCGUUGCUUGGGUCUUGACAGCCGCCAAUGUACUAUAUUGCAAGAUUGAAAACUCGGCCCGAAUGGCUGGCAAACGUGACUAUGUGGUAACAAAGUAUCUAGAGAAAUUCGAAUCAGGAAAAACUAAAGCGCCCAUUGGUGAUCGUGAUCCGGCUUUUCGGUUUACACUUUGA